AUGUGUGGCCUCGAUGAAGUGAUAUCGUCCCUUCUAGAGGACUUGAAGGAUACAGAGACUUUCCAGCGUGACUGUCAGUUGGCUCUCACUGAAGCCGCCAGACAUGGCCAUAUCAGGAUAGCCCACAAGCUCUUGAAGACAAUAGAUAUUGACAACCCAACGCUUGCUGAUGCAAUGAAGGCGGCAGGAUGCUGCGGUGCCGGUAGUCUCCUUCUCGACCUGGUGACUCUAGCAUCCCAGAAACAUGAUUUUAAAUGGCCCAGUGGCCUACUCUUGCGGGUCUCCGAAAUUGGGGACCAUGAGAUUGCGAAGAUCUUGUUCGAUGUGGGAAUGCCAGUCAACGACAUGUGUCUCCAAGGACAUUCAAUAUUACAUUCAGCCGCAAUCUUCAAUAAUGAAGAGAUAGCAAGACUAUUGCUUGCCAAAGAUGCAGAUGUCAGCCAUGCCUGUACAUCACGGAACGGAAGAACCGCUCUGUCAAGUGCUUCGCUCGCUCCCACCUCACGGGCCAUUAUCAAGAUGCUCAUAGAUGCUGGAUCGGACUUGAACCAAAUAGACUUAAGUGGAUGUACGCCGCUGAAUCAUGCUCUCAUAUGUGGCAAUCUUUCUGCGGUUGAGGAGUUGCUCGAGAACAAAGCCGACAUCGAAAUUGGUGGAGUUGAGGAAGAUACUCUCUAUUGGUGCACAAAGCCCCUCAUUCAUUGUGCCUAUCUGAAUGAACUAGAAGGAAUCCGGGUCCUUCUCAGGUACAGUCCAGACAUCGAUUGCUGCUGGGGGCAGAGGACGCCUCUUUGGAUAGCAGUAGACCGGGGCAAUAUUGAGAUUGCUAGACUGUUGCUAGAAAUUGGGGCUAAUCCAAAUCUCAAUCCUCAGGGCCUCGACAUGAUCCUUCUUCGAGCAGUUGAACAUCCAACCGUUGAGCUGGUAAAGCUUCUUCUCGAUUAUGGGGCAGAUAUCGAACAGGAAGACAAUAGUUCGACUUGGAGAAGCACUGCUCUUGCCCGUGUGGCUGGCACAUCCAACACUGACAUCCUCCGCCAUCUGCUAGAACGUCAGCCUAAGGUCGACGUGGGGCAUAUUGGAAAAAACUCCCAAAGUCCAUUGCAUGUGGCAGCUCAAUCGGGGCAGACCAUGAACUUGCGCAUUCUACUACAACAAGGCUCAGACCCAAAUGCGUGGUCAGAUGAUGAUUCUUGGCUCCCACUCCAUGCUUCUUUUGAGAGCACGGAUAUUAUCAAACUUCUUCUCGCCCAAGGGUGUAAUAUUAAUGCAACAUCCGCGUGGGGGUCCAUCCUGAACUUGGCCGUCUUCAAUGAGCAGAUCGAUUCAGUGAAGUUGCUUCUGGAGCAGAACCCAAAGCCUGACCUUGAGCUUGAAGAUCCCAGUGUUGCCUUUUUUGAUGAGAGCGAUAGGGGUGUGGCACCACUAGCAAUGGCUUGUGCAAAGAACAAUGCCAAGAUCGUGCGCUUGCUCAUCGAGGCGGGAGCAGAAACCCAUCACCAGACGCGUUUCGGAACGCUUCCUCUAGAUAUUGCUGUGGCAAGUGACGCUAUGUCGGCCCUCAAAGUGUUGCUGGAGUACAGGGUGUCUGUAGAUCAUUCGGAUAAUGAUCAAAACACGGUCCUGCACCGAAUCACCAAAUCAACCCCACGAGCAAUUGUCCGGCAGCUCGUUAAUUGCAGGGCCUCAGCCACUGCAGUGAACAAGAAAGGAGUGACACCCAUACAAGUCACUGUCGAGGCAUCAAAUUUCCCCGUCGCUGAAUUGAUUCUGUCCAGAGGGGCAAACCCCAAUCAAUUUGGUCCCAGGUACCACAGUCUACUACAUAUAGCUUGUGAAAACCGCGAUCUACCAACUUUGAAGGCCCUGGUUGAGGCUGGUGCUGAUGUUCAGAGAGCAGACACACUGAAUGAAGGGCCGACACUGAUGCAUUCACUCCUUUGUGGCUGGGAGCAUUCUGGGCUCGGAUUGCUGUCAGAUCCCUUGGCAUACCUUAUCGAAGAGUGUAAAGUCAACAAAGAUGGUAUUGGGGGCCUUGGUGAUCUAGCUCUCCAUGAGACAAACCCAAAUUUGGAAGAUAACUCUGGCCGCCGAGCACUUCACGUCGCGGCUUUGGGUUAUGAAUCUGAUAUGGUCGACCACCUACUCGAGUUCAAAGCGGAAGUCUUCUGCGGUGAUGAACCUAUUAUCGACAAACUUGGAAGAACAUGUAUCCACUUUGCGGCCGUUGGAGCAAGCUGGAAGAUCUUUCAAAGAUUCCAUCAGCUCUACGGUGAGAAGGAAUUACACAGGCCCGAUUGCUACGGCUGGACUCCGCUCUUCUGGGCGCUUCUCACCCCCGACGCUUCAAUCAACAUUGUGCAAUGCCUCGUUGAUCACGGUGCAGACCUUUGGAUGACAGCCAAGGGACUAACCUCUGAAUGGUCUCCAUUGAAGCUAGCUCGGUAUAUUGGACUUUCCGACGACAUUCAAGAACUGCUCGUGCCCAAGUCUCACAUUCUUCAAAUUGGACCUGGGGGAAAGGUGAAAGAGUGGGAUGAAGAGGCUCACCGUUCGCGAAGAGCUACUUUAAAAGAGUAUAUGAUAUGCGAUGGUUGUCGUGUUGUGGGUCACUUACUUCUUCUAUUCGAGUUUCCUCUUUCGGCCUGUCACUAA